AAUGUGUUUUUGAAUGAGUUUCUUUUUUUUCAUGCAUGGAUGACACCUGAACAAAAAGUUGGCAGAUGCAGGAGACUCAUUUGAGUAAAGGACCGAGUCUGAAUCAUGUAUUGCGCAGAAUCUCUGCUCAUUUAGGAUUCAUUUACACGAGAGGAGCGCAUCUCCAUCUCACAGGAUGCGAGUGGCGCGCUGAAUGUUAUUGCAUGGUUUUGGCCAGGGGGGUACCAAACUUGCGUAAAGAGCCUAAUUCUGCACGUGUAUUGAUUGCCUGUCACAAGUAGGAGAUUGAUACCAUGUCAGCCAUAAGGAGGAAAUUUGGAGAGGACUACCAGGUGGUAAACACCAACCGGGGCAUGACUUUUUCCGCCCCGGUGAAGAGAAAGAGGCAGCGGUUUGUGGAGAAGAACGGCCGCUGUAACGUCCAGCACGGUAACCUUGGCGGAGAGACCAGCCGGUACAUCUCCGACCUCUUCACCACGCUGGUGGAUCUGAAGUGGCGCUGGAACCUGCUCAUCUUCAUCCUCACUUACACAGUUGCAUGGCUUGUCAUGGCUUCAAUGUGGUGGGUGAUCGCUUACAUCCGCGGCGACCUGAGCCACGGCGGCCACGACUCGUCCUACACCCCGUGCGUCGCCAACGUGUACAACUUUCCCUCCGCGUUCCUGUUUUUCAUCGAGACAGAGGCGACCAUCGGCUACGGCUACCGCUACAUCACGGAGAAGUGCCCGGAAGGUAUCAUCCUCUUCCUCUUUCAGUCGCUGCUGGGGUCCAUCGUGGACGCGUUCCUCAUCGGCUGCAUGUUCAUCAAGAUGUCGCAGCCCAAGAAGCGCGCGGAGACGCUGAUGUUCAGCCAGGACGCGGUGAUUUCGCAGCGGGACGGGAAGUUGUGUCUCAUGUUCCGAGUGGGGAACCUGCGGAACAGCCAUAUGGUGUCCGCGCAGAUCAGGUGCAAACUCAUCAAGUCCCGGCAGACACCUGAGGGUGAGUUCCUGCCCCUGGACCAGUGUGAACUGGACGUGGGAUUUGGGACGGGGGCGGACCAGCUCUUCUUGGUGUCGCCUCUAACCAUCUGCCAUGAAAUCAACACUAAGAGCCCAUUCUUCGAUCUGUCGCAGCGCUCUCUCAUGAAUGAGCAGUUUGAGAUUGUUGUCAUCCUAGAGGGCAUUGUGGAAACCACUGGUAUGACAUGUCAGGCGAGGACAUCUUACACUGAGGAUGAAGUCUUAUGGGGUCAUCGUUUCCUCCCUGUCAUGUCACUGGAAGAGGGCUUCUUCAGAGUCGACUACUCCCAGUUCCACAACACCUUUGAGGUCCCUACACCUCCCUACAGCGUCAAAGAGCAGGAGGAGAAGUCCUCGCUGACGUCACCCAACCCUCUACCUGUUGCACCCAACCCCUCCUCUCCUCUGCUGGGCAAUGGCGGCCGUGGAGGCCGCAGGGAAAGACUCCUGUCAGCCGACUAUGCAGAUCACGUAGAGGACCAACCCUCUAGACUGCCCAGCAAACUCCAACGCAUGAGCUCCACCAAGGAGGAGCACCUCUGGAGGGGGCUGAAGACAGGGCCAGCAUUGCCAGGGGGGAAAGCCUCCAGCACAGGAGACUUGCCACUUAGUAUUCAGAGGCUGAGGUCCAGCUCCAUCCCAGCUGCAAGGCAGGGACAUCCAGAGGAACAGGUCCAGCUGUUGUCCUUGGACGGAGAUGCCGAGGAGGGUGAGCUGGAGAAACACAGACUGCCAGCAGCCAGUAACACCAUCUCUGCUCCAACCCCAACACCAAUCCAGAUCCCUUUGGUAGGGAGUCGGCCGGAGGACAACCUUCCCCCCAAACUGCGCAGAAUGAAUGCUGACCGCUGAAUUCUGCAGUCUACCUUUAAGACUAAAAAAACAUUUUGAAAUUGAAUCAGGCUUGAUGGGCAUUGUAUAUACAUAAAGACUACUGUGAUAUAAGUUUUAUUUUUUUUUUGCAGAUUUUGUCCAGUAUUUUACAUUUACUUACUUACUUAGGCUCUCUACUAGGUUGUCCAUUGCCACAGAUAGAAGGACAACACCAAUAAGCCAUCCAUCCGCUCAUACUGUGAGUCGUUUUUUGAUAGAUCACCAUCUGUGCCCCCUACUGACUUUUAACACUUCUGCCCUUUUGCUUGUUUCUUUCACUUCUGUUCAUGGAGUUGCAUCAAAGACUUUCUGAAUAUCUCAUACAACAAAUAUUUUCAAUUAAUCAAGCACCAAAGAGGCAGUCAUAAAUAAGACUGACCUGAAUUGACUUUUCACUAAACCCCUCCACCAAACAGUGAUUGUCCAAUCAAAGCAUAGUGACCAUAGGCCUGUCAAGCUCUGGAUUUUCCCUCAAUACUCAAGCGGUGCACAUGGGGCUGUAGCAAGAGUGAUAGUCAUUUAAAGAGUUUGGAUGGAAGUGUCUUUCUGUUAACUUUCAAAAACACAAGAGCAAAAAAAUGUGAGCAAAUGAUUAAACUGUGUGUUUGACUGCUCUGAAGCAAACGUUAGCAUGUCCUACUAACAAGUCUACAACCUGCAGCGCUAACCAAACGCGACUUUCAAGGCCAAGGAGCUUGGAAUUAACUACCUACUUUACAGUUGUUUGUACAGGUUACAUUAAAAAAGAAGCCCAGUUCAUGACUAACACAUUCACUGUUAGUAAUUUUUCACUGUGUGGGCAUGGAAGCUGUCAGAGUUUAGGCUAAUGUUAGCAGCUGUUGCCUGCUCUUUAUUUGAUUUGGGAAAUGUUACAUACCAUUAACCCCAGCCAGUCCUACUACCUAUUGUUAUGUUUCCCAAACACAUUAGUAUUCAAUCUAAAGCCUUUUCUCUUCUAAUAAUGAUAAUCUUAAAACUGAAAAUAUAUUUUGUAAAAAUAAUAAUUGGUAUGUGAGCUACGCAGUCAAACAGGGUUAUGUAAGAACAAAAUAAAACAGCGAUGAUCUCACAUCUUUCCUUCACACUUGAGUGACUAGCUCUACACAGCAACACGAGAACAAAGCUAUUUUUUCUUUUAUCACACAAUCAUGUACAGUAUAUAGCCACCAAGUGUGUAGUUUUAAAAAGAGUUAGACAGAGUUUUCAUGGAGCUAAAGUUUUGUAUCUUAUGUACAAAAUCGACGGUUACUGGCUAGAAAUGAGAAACCUGCUUUUGUCUACCUCUGUCUGAAAUCAACAACCCAUUGUUUCUAAACUUACUGAGAAAUGUGAGUGAUAAAUUACCUGUUAUCACUGUAAACUGCAUACAUGCUGUGUGAGAACGAAAGCUUGGUAGGCAUGGGGCUUAGCGAACGGUCAAUCAACAUGAAUUGGGUGAAAAAAAAUUCCUCAAAACUCUGGCACACAAGUCAGGUUGAUACACUAUAUUUGCUUAUCACUUGUACUGAUUAUUUGUGUAUUUGAAUGCACAUUUGAGUUGUAUGUUUACAACUAUACAAUUUUAACUAUUUCUACCCUUUGGUGCAGUGUUUGCAUUGGCAUACGCAUGGGUGACCAAAUGUAAUCACAUGUCAAUUUUGGACUACGGACUUUCUUUCAUCAUGAACUGAUUUAUUAAAAUGUAAAACAAAAAUCUGGGAAUGCAGGGAUGCUGACAUCAG